AUGAACCGCCUUCGCCCAGAUGAUGAACGAAUUCAACAAUUGAGAGCGGUAAGAUUGGGUUUAGCCAUGUCCGACACAAAAUAAUCUUGUUUUUUGUUAAAGAUUGAAGCUGAACUUCUACGAUCAUCUUCACCGGUUCCGCAAGAUCCGGUUCAAUCGCAUUUCCAGUUUGGAUACGUUCGUGCUGCUUCAAUAAAGAAAUCUAAUGGGUUAGUUUUGGGUGAUUUGUUAAAAUCCUAAAAUUCUGUUUUCAGGCGACGCGCUCCUUUGGCACCUAUUCAUAAUCCAGUAUUUCGUCAACAUGAAAACGAUAAUGAGGAAGAAGAAGCACCAAUAGAACCACAAAGACAUCAACCUCGACGUCGUUCACUCCGACUUCGAAAUGCUGCUGCUGGUGUUCAACUUCAACCUCCUCCACCCCCAGGACAACGUGGAAUUCGUCGACAACUUGGAGAUGAUGAAAUAAAUCAACACGAGCCGAUGCGACUUCGACGAAGACCUGAAAAUCGCGUUGAAGAAGAGCGAAGAAAUAUUAAUGAAGAUGGAAUGAGGAAUAGACGAGAAGAUGAAGAGGAAAGCAAUGAGGAAGAGGUAAUCACAAUUAAUGAAAAAUACUGAUAGACCGCUAUAAUUAAACUUAUUUUCAGGAAAUUCGUCGACCAUUAUCACCGACAGAACUUCCUGGUGUUCGAGCAAUUCCAAAAGAAUACAAUCGAAUGUUUCGAGGACUUUUAACACCAGGGGAAUACUUUGCCAAAUCUCAUUCUCGAUAUUUGGGACCAUUUGAUAAUAUGCCAACUCUUGCAGACCUUCCAGCUCAGGAUAAUUACAUAAUUCUUCAAAGAAUGGGUCGUCUUCCAGAGAGUGGAAAAUCAAUUUUCCGUCAAGUUGGAACACUUCUUACCUGA